AAUGUGUACGCCCAAACCAAAUCUCACAUGGUCAAGAGGCCAAGAGUCCCUGCUGAAACACCAAAUGCAAAAAAAAGGGCGGUCAAUUGCAAACAGCCGGUGACAAUCAUUAGCCGACGACUGGUUAUCCGCUGCAACCUCCGCCACGUCCGCCUUCAAACAGCAGCACCACCGCCUCUCAAUAGCAGAGUUCAGUAUGCUCGCGCCGGGAUCAACACCACACGACUCCCGCUCAGGAUUCGCCAUUCACGUUUGCACUUUCCUCAGCUUGUGCGCUUCACUGCGUCUCAUGGAAUUGGAGCAAUGCCUUCAAUCCAACGUCGACGUCUCAUCUCGUUCAUCCAUGGCGCUCUGGAUUCAAUCGUCGUCGUGCCUCCUACGUUGCGUUCAAGAAUGGUACCAUGGAUAACAACUAAAAUGACGCAGAUAGAGGCUAAAACUCACCGAUUUCGAUGCGGCGGUGAACACAGGGACCAAUUGGAAUCAACAACUGCAAUCUACCAUUCCUCAAUGCCUGAAGUGUCGCUUAAAUAAUCUAACUGAUUUGCAUUCCUUGAUAUUACAUUGAUCUUUAUGAUGAGCAUUCCACUACUUUGAAAAAACUGACACUUAAUAUCAAUAAGAUCAUCAAGUCCCCAUUCUAGAUCAAAGGCCCCUUGGUUCAUACUUGCAGUUGAAACAUUGAUCUUGAUGCAACAAUGUGAAAAAGUUAACAUUGGCCUCAUAUAAUAACUAUCCUGGUAAACUAUAUAAUCAGGACGAAGAAAAACUUAUGAGGUGUCAUCUAUGUCAGAAGUGUGUGCACUAUCCAAUCCACAACCAUUCAGUGAAAGAUGAAAUACUCCAUUCUCCACAAUAUCAGAAGCAUCACUUGUUGGAAACGCUCGAUUCGAAAUGGUUUGAUUGUUGUAUUGGUUUUCUUGUAUGAUUUUAUAAGUCCUUUGUAAGAUUUGGUUUUGAAUUGUAAGUUAGUGACUAAAAUGUGUAAGGAGUUUGGUUUAAUGGUAGUAAUGUUUUUUUUGGAAUCGAAAUGGAAAUUGAAUUAAUGUUUGUAAUGAAUGGCUUAUGUAUGAAAUUGUUUGGUUAAUGGAAUUGAAUCAUGAAAAUGAUUGAAACCUCUCAUGGGAUUUGAAAUUGAA